AUGUGCCACUUUCAGGUCUCCUCACACUGCUGGUGUGUUCCAUUUUGUCAUAGGGUGCUGGCAGAUUACGGGCCUCCCAUUGCUGCUGCCAGGCCCGUAAUCUGCCAUGGGCCCCUGUACCGCCUCCUCAUGCUGCUGCCAGGUCCAGAGUGUCUCAUGGGUCCCUGUACGGCCUCCCAUUGCUGCUGUCUCCAUCGCCACACUCUGCCAUGUGCCACUUUCAGGUCUCCUCACACUGCUGGUGGGUUCCAUUUUGUCAUAGGGUGCUGGCAGAUUACGGGCCUCCAUUGCUGCUGCCCAUGGGCCCCGUACCGCCUCCUCAUGCUGCUGGCCCGUAAUCUCCCA